AUGUGCCGUUGUACCCUCUCCGGUUGCUAUGCUCUGGUCUUUCACAUUUUGAUUGCUGUGACCGGAAGCUAUCUGAUUGCUGCCAGCAAUCAUCUGAAGGUGGAUAAUAAAUGGAUUACGGAUAGAAUCUUUCCAAAGGUGAAAUUUCUGCCAAUCAAGAUGAAUGAAGCUGAUUCUAAGCAGCUGGAGAAUGACAUAAAUCUAGUGUUCUAUCAUCUCCUUGACCGGCUAGAUGAUAACGUUAUCAGCCUUAUCUACUCGUACGGCGUCUCUUUGGAGGUGUUCGCUUGGUUGGGCAUAUACGUUGACUACUUUCGAGUACGUCUGUGCGUGUACGCACACUUCUUCUAUAACAUUGGUCUCUUGAUUGCUGCAGGAAUAGUGGUACACGACUUUUAUGCCUACCGUGACGACACAAAAUCAUUCAUUAUGAAGACAUUUUCUGACCUCAUCCGCACAAACUAUUCAUCUGGCCGUAAGGAUAGGCACGGACCCUUGGGAGGAUUUUAUCGUCUCUGGGAUACUGUGCAAAAGACCCUUCACUGCUGUGGCAUGAACAAUUACACUGACUUUUCGGCGCCCGACAACUCAAAAGACAUCUACUUGCCCAUGUCGUGUUGCAACGCCACUGAUCUAUCCAAGUGCACUGGAAGCUGGAGGGUGCGCAAUCUAAAUUCACCUUGUGGACCAGAAAUAUGGAAGCACAUGGAGACCAACUAUGAGAUGGUCUGGUCGGCCCUAGUUGCCAUCGAAGUUUGCCUCAGUCUGUUAUUGCUCAUCAGUUGCCUCAAGCUUUGCGCCGACCCCACGGAAUUGGCCAGUGACUUGAUUUGUCUCUGCGAUUCAGGCAAUAAUGACCUGGACUCCCAGUACGAGCAUGGAAACUAUGAAUGA